CAAGAAACCAGGGGAAGUCAAGUAUAAUUAGUAUAUUUUAUUUCACUAAGCAAGUCAGUUAAGAACAAAUUUUACAAUGACUGCCUACACCGGCCAGACCCAGACUAUGCUGGGCCAAUCGAGCUCUGUCCUAUGGGACUCCCAAUCACAGCCAGCCUGGAUUCGAACCAGGGUGUCUAUAGUGACACCUCUAGCACUGAGAUGUAGUGCCUUAGACCACUGUGCCACCGGGGAGUCCAAAGGCCACAAUGGCCGCUGGCCGUAAAAGGCAUGUAUUUGUUUAGGGGGCAUUACGGCCACACAAAGGGGAUGGGAAAAUUGGGAAAUUCUAGCCAUUAUCAAGUGCUUGUCAAAUUGUGAAUGAGAGACAGAUGAAGUGUGUACAGCCUGCACAAAUAACAAAGCAGGGCUCAUGCCUUUCAUGCAACUUUUUUCAAAUCAUCAUUAGAUUCGCAUCAUGCAGCCUUAGAAUAUAUUUAAAAAAUCUAAACAUAUAGCCCAACAUUUGUAUCACAAAUAAAAUUGCCUAAAUAACUCUAAAUUAAGCUGGCUGGGUCGCUAGCUAACGUUAUGUGUAUGCUCUCAGACACAUUUGCUUGACUAGUUAUCUUCUUCAGGAGUGGUGGGUUCCCUGCAGGACUAUGAGCUAAUGUAGGCUAAUGCGAUUAGCAUGAGGUUGUAAGUAACAAGAAAAUUUCCCAGGACAUAUAUGAUAUUGGCAGAAAGCUUAAAUUCUUGUUAAUCUAAUUGCACUGUUCAAUUUACAGUAGCUAUUACAGUGAAAUAAUAGCAUGCUAUUGUUUGAGGAGAGUUUACAGUUUUGAACAUGAUUAUUAACAUUAUUAAUAAACACAUUAGGCACAUUUGGCCAGUCUUGAUACCACAUUUUUAACAGAAAUGCAAUGGUUCAUUGGAUCAGUCUGAAACUUUUCCUGGCUUAGACGCUUGUGGGUUAAAGAUAUGACAGAUAAGAGUGGCUAUAGAGUCAGCUACUAUCCUCAGUAUAAGUUGUCAUCUAAGUGGUUAUGACAUUAGGCUUAUUCUCUGGAUCGACGUGUACGACAGCGUGUUCCAGUUCCCUCUAAUAUCCAGCAACUUCGCACAGCCAUUGAAGAGGAGUGGGACAACAUUCCACAGGUCACAAUCAACAGCAUGAUCAACUCAAGGAGAUGUGUUGCCCUGCAUGAGGCAAAUGGUGGUCACGCUGGUUUUCUGAUACAUGCCCCUUCCUUUAUUUUAAGGUAUCUGUGACCAAUAGAUGCAUAUCUGUAUUCACAGUCAUGUGAAAUCCAUAGAUUAGGGCAUACUAAGAGCAUAUUUCAAUUGACUUUUUCUUAGAUGAACCGUAACUCUGUAAAAUCUUUGACAUUUUUGUACAUUGUGUUUAUAUUUUUGUUCAGUGUACACAUCUACCUCAAAUACCUUGAACCCCUGCACAUUGAUAUGGUACUGGUACUCCCUAUAUACACUGAGUGUACAAAACAUUAAGAACAACUUCCUAAGAUUGAGUUGGACUCUACAAGCAUUCCACAGGGAUGCUGGCCCUUGACUCCAAUACACCCCACAGUUGUGUCAAGUUGGCUGAAUGGAUGUCCUUUGGGUGGUGAACCAUUCGUGAAAAACCCAGCAGCGUUGCAGUUCUUGACACAAACCGGUACGCCUGGCACUUAAAUAGUUUGUCUUGCCCAUUCACCCUCUGAAUGGCACACAUACACAAUCCAUGUCUCAAUUGUCUCAAGGCUUAAAAAAAUAAUUAUUUAACAUAUCCCCUCCCCUUCGUGUACACUGUUUGAAGUGGAUUUAACAAGGGACAUCAAUAGGGGAUCAUAACUUUCACCUGGAUUCACCUGGUCAGUCUAUGUCAUGGAAAGAGGGGUAUUCAUAAUGUUUUGUAUACUCAGUGUAUAGUUCAUUCUAGUGUAUUUUAUUCCUCUUGUGUUAUUAUUAUUUAUUUUUUCAUAUUUUUAACUCUGCAUCAUUGGGAAGGGCUCGUAAGUAUGAAUUGUAUGGUAAAGUCUACACCUAUUGUAUUUGGCGCAUGUGACAAAUACAAUUAUUUUAUUUAGAUUUUACUUGAUUUUGAACAGUCUUACAUCUGGAAGGUAAAAUGUUGCUGACCGGUUGGUCAGUUAGUAAGCUGACACUGAUUUAAUACGAGUUCAAAUGGCACAUGUACUGUAAGUGGUGCUCAACGGAGGGAAAUCUCGACAUGCCAGUCCCUGCAACUAAACAGGUUAAAAAAACUGGAUGACCUCAUUAGAUCUACUAAUGAGCAUACGGACAGCAUCAUGCGUUAACAUACCAUACAUGAUCUUUCACAUUUUUGGUUGAAUUCACAUUGAAUUCACGUCAGUUGACAACUCAAGCAAAUUGGAAUCAAAACUAUAAAUGAUGUCUGUGCCCAGUAGGUAGUUUAUCCCUCCCAUUUGCCAGGAUGUGGUUGGAUAUUGCUGGAUUUGUGCCCAUUGGUAAACUUUAUUUACAUUCAGUUUGCAGCUUUGCCUGUAGAUUUUUGUAGGGCUGUGUGGGUGUUAAGAUGUCUAUAAAGCUUUCUUCAAUUAAUGUUUUCCCCCAAAUAGGGUACUCCUGGUCCACAGGGUGAGAAGGGGGAUCAAGGUGACCAAGGACCGCGGAUGGUCUUCCCUAAGAUCAAUCAUGGCUUUCUUUCUGCUGACCAGCAGCUCAUAAAGCGGCGGCUUAUUAAGGGAGAUCAGGGUUCAGCAGGUCCGCCAGGACCUCCUGGGCCCCCAGGUUCCCCUGGCCCCAGAGGGCCACCAGGGGACACAGGCAAGGAUGGGCCCCGGGGAGUGACAGGUCUGCCGGGAGAACCUGGGACAACAGGAGACCUAGGACUGAUGGGUCCCCUUGGGCCUCCUGGCAUCCCAGGUGUUGAUGGGCUGAAGGGUGAAAUGGGAGAGAGAGGUGAAAAGGGUGACUUGGGAGAAGAUGGUCAAAGAGGUGAAGGCGGGGAGAAGGGUGAUGCGGGCUCCUCUGCGGCAGGCAUCAAGGGUGAACCAGGAGAGCCAGGACAUGGGGGAGCAAAGGGAGAGCCAGGACUUCCAGGGCUUCCUGGACUUCCCGGGAUUAAGGGUGAGCCUGGAUUCCUAGGACCACAGGGAGAACCAGGGCUCCCAGGACUACCAGGAACCAAGGGUGAGCGAGGGGAACUGGGCCCACCAGGCAAAGGAGAGCGGGGCGAGACUGGACCAUCCGGUCAAAAGGGAGGGCCAGGAGAGGCAGGGAACCCAGGCCCUAGAGGUUCAAAGGGAGAAACAGGAGACAAGGGAGUCCUGGGCUCCAUGGGACCAAGGGGACCCCCUGGGCAGAAAGGUGACCAAGGAGCCACUGAAAUCAUUGAUUACAACGGUAACAUCCAAGAGGCUUUAAAGAAGAUUACCACUAUUACAGUGACGGGUCCCCCUGGGCCUCCUGGACUAUCAGGAACAGCGGGAAUCAAGGGAGAUCAAGGCAUGCCUGGCCUCCCUGGGCUGGAUGGUGAAAUGGGUUUUAAAGGUUCCAAAGGAGACAUGGGAAUCCCUGGCACAUCUGGAGAAAAAGGAACUGUUGGCUUACCUGGUUUACCAGGCGUCAAUGGAUUGAAAGGGGAUAAGGGUGAUUCCGGUCUGUCUGGUCCUCAAGGGCCCUCAAUUAUUGGCCAACCUGGAGCACCUGGGCCCCAUGGACCCCCAGGUCCCAUGGGACCCCAUGGAUUCCCUGGACCAAAGGGGGAGGCUGGGAAUCAUGGUCUGAAGGGAGUGCGCGGGGGGUCAGGGUACAAGGGGGACAGAGGACCCCUGGGCCUCCCCGGAGCCUCCGGCUUGGACGGCAAGCCAGGAAUUAGGGGUAUGGACGGGCCUGUGGGUCCCUCCGGUCCAGCCGGGCCAAAGGGGGACAUAGGUGAGAGAGGAGCUGCAGGUGAACCCGGGCCAAGGGGGCCUUAUGGACUUCCUGGAGCGGCUGGAACACCUGGCCUUGAUGGGGAGAAGGGAAAGAAGGGCAAAAAAGGGCCUAAGGGGGAGAAAGGAGAACAGGGUGCCCCUGGAUUAGAUGCACCCUGCCCAUUGGGCCCAGACGGACUACCAAUGCCUGGUUGUUGGCAGAAGUGAUCAAUCUAAACUGAAAAGCAUGGAGUUUGUAAAUAAUGCUUAUUUUUGGGUAUUUAUAGUUUUUAUAAUGGAAAAUAUAAAAUAAAUAAAUAUACUGUACUGUAUGUGUACAGUGAAAAAGAGCCAAGGUCCAUCACUCCUAGCUGCUUCUACUAACCUCACUGUGUGGAACGUGUCACUCUCACAUCAGCAUCGUGGAUUCCAGAUCCUUGGCCAGCAGCAGAACUUGCACACACACAAAGGAGUUUAGUCCCAGACCUUGCAUGACCAGAGUGCUUGGGCACAGAUUGGAAUGUCAUGGCAAAAUUUGAUAAAAGGGGACUAAGAAGGCUGAAAAGGAGGUUGUGAGAGCAGAGGAUGAGGAAAAGGAGGCCUUGUAGGGAUUUGGACUGGCUCUUAAAAGCUUGAGAUCUAAAGCUCACCAUCCAUUCAUGCCAUACUACCAGCUUAAAAGACUCAAUUCCAACAAAACACCCUCCCCACUCCCAAAGAAGCAUAAAGACUGUUCCAAACAAUAUUUAGGCUAUAUGUAUUGAUAUACAGUACAUAUUUCAUUGUUGUGUGGUUGAAUUUUAUGGCUUCAGCAAAACACUAACUGUCUGUCAGUCAAUCUUACCUACUUAAAAAAGAAAACCCAGAGCUUUAGAUUUGUGGUUUUAUUUGCUCCUUUUUCUUUUAAUGUUCCAAAGGGAGUCACGCCUUGGCUGCUGGCUUAAAAAGGAUUCCCCAGGAAUUCAAUUUGGGUUGAUUUUCUUUAUUAUGGUGAGAUCUCCAAUGAGUCAAUAGAUGCAGAUCUUCACCGAUGCACUCGCGUGGGUCCCAGGGCGCGUUCCCUGCUGCCAGCAACCACUUGUUAUUGGACUUCGAGGAGAGUGUGAGCUCACUGCACUGUGAACAGCCAAUCGGAAAUGGGCUAGGCUGACAAGGACUUCGGAUUCAACGGACCUGUUUGGGAUCCCUCCAAGUAGAGGAGACAGUGGGCCUCGGCAAGGAGCCUUCAAUCAUCUCUCCUGCCAAUCACUGGUCUCCAUGCCGAUCAAGGAGAGUUUCUGCCUGUAACAAUGUUACUGUCACAAAACUACAAGGUAAAGAGGGUCAAUGGAAUUCUUCCUUUUUAUUUGAAGUUGUACUCUUGUAUUUACUUGUAAUAAUUGUGUAUAACAGCCUUUGGUGCCUCAAUAUUUUGUUAUUCAUUCCUUUAUCAGUAAAGUGCAACUUUUUAUCCUGCUUUGAGUAAUUGCUAAAAAGCAUAAGACUGUCAGAGGUGAUGGAGUCUAGGUGAGUGAAAUUGCAUUGGCUGGGGGCUGUAGUGCUUUUAGCGAGAGGGAGUUCAAUAUAAUGAACCAUCUUUAUUGCGGAAUGGUAACCUCUUGUAAAUUGUUAAAGUAUAAAAACACCUACGUUGCGCACUGUUAAUAUAUAUUGAAUGUUGAUGUUACUGGGUGUUAAUAUGGCAUGUACAUUAUGGCUUCAAAUGAACAUCAGCUUCUGUGUAAAACAAAGGGAAUUUGUUUGUUGCAAAAAUUGAAGUAAUAUUUAUGAUUACACAGCAUCAGAUUUUACACUCAUUUGAAGAAGCAUACAGUAUGUGUAAGCACUUAGAUAUCUAACACUUGUUCAUUGCUGGCCAUUUAACUGGAAAAUAUAUAAUGUGAGUUAUAUGCUUCACUGCAAGUUUAUUGUAUCUUUACACAUUAUUGUAUCUUACAUUUAAAUGCAGUAAUAUAUCUGCAACAAUAAGCUUUUUGUACAUUUUGACCUGGUAAUUCAGUAUAGGUGAAAAUGCCUUUUGGUAAAAUCCAUAAUUUUUUGCUAGAUAAUUGUUGUUUUAUCCAAAUGUCAAGUGGCAAUUUGCCUCAACUGGAUCAUGACUACAGCAACAUGCAACCUUUUUUUUAUUUAAUUUCUCAAACAAAAUGGAAAUGGUAAAACAGUUCAUUUCAGUUGAAUGUGUAACCCAGAAUCAGAUAUAUUGCCAUUUACAUCACAUUCCAUAGCAAUUUCUACAAAAAAGUGUAUUUCUUUAUUUAAUAAUUUUAAGGAUGCCAUAAUCCUAACAAUGCCCUUAUUUAUGCACAAUGAUUUUUGAUGCUUAAUGUAACUUGGAACAGUUAAUGUAAUAUUAUAAAUUAAUUACUACAAUAUGGGACGGUUUCCCAGACACAGAUUAAGCCUAGUCCUGGACUAAAAAGAGCUUUCAAUGGAGAAUCUCUAUUGAGCAUACUUUUGAGUCCAGAACUAGGCUUAAUCUGUGUCUGUGAAAACCGGACCUAUAUCAAAUAUAUUGUUGUUGUGAUAAGUUUGCCCACUCCACCCCAACCAUACAGGGAUAUCGAUGUCACAAAGUAAAUAGUAUGCUAGUGAAUAAUAGAUCAUGGUCUUAUUCUGGUGCUAUCAACUUUAAUUGUUUGAAAAAGCUGUAGAGAGUAUUCACUAUCCAUGACAACUAUAAGACAACAGAGUUAAAAAAAAAAUGUUUUUAAUGUAACAGUUUAAAUCAUUUUUGUGCAUAUACCUUUUAUUUAUCUGACUAUUUUAAGUGGUACAUUAUUUAUUUUAGUAUUUUCUUAAAACAGUCAUUCCUUAUUAAAAGGGGGUAGCUUUUGAAGGUCAUGAUACCCGUUGUUAAUUUACAAUGCUAGUUCAAAUCCAAUUUUGCAGGCCUUACCUUGGCAUUAAAUGUUUCUUAUUUCAAGUUAUGUAUGUCAUAAGAAAAGUAUUCAUGAGACAAGACAGUAUUGAUGGGCUUGGCUAAAAUGUUGUUUGUCCAUGACAAGCUGCAUAAAUAAGAUGAUAUUGUCCUUUCUCUAUUUCUCUCUUUGUAUUGAAUGUAGUUUGUUGUAUGUGGAUUUUAAAUAAGCAGUUUAAUAUGUGCUCAUUUGACAAGUGCAAAUUAUACAUUGGUUGAUGUGUGCAGCAUCACAAUGCAGCUUAAUAACAGUUUAAUAACAGGACAAACAGGACAAAUGUUAAUAAAUUUGAUCCUUCAUGAAAAGUACCACUACCUUGGCUUAGAAAAAUCACAAACAUUUGUGAUUUACAAGUCAAUUUUGUUUUCAAACUUGUAUAAAUACUUUCUUGUUAUCCAUAUUUUGAGGCUUGAUUUGAAUUGAGUUAUUUUUGACUCAAUUGCUGUUCACAAAUAAUUUGCUCUAAUUUAAUGGUUUGAUAAAAAAAAAAUGUUUGUCAUUUAAUUUAAAACCUUUGUAACAUUUUGUAUUACGAUGUUGCUGUGUCUUCAGUUAACAUGCAGCUGAUUCUUAUUUUUUUAAUCUUUUUAAUCUUUAAUCUUUUUUAAUCUUUUUUUAAAAUCUUUUGUUAAAUGUAUUAAGGGUCAUUUGGUUGUAAUACAUUAUCAAGUUAAAAAAAACCUUUAAAGGCUGUCAUAAACUGGGUGUUUCAACAGCCGUGGUAUAUCAGACCGUAUACCAUGGGUAUGACAAAACAUUUAUUUUUACUGUUCUAAUUACAUAGUAACCAGUUUAUAAUAGCAAUAAGGCACCUCGGGGGUUUGUGGUAUAUGGCCAAUAUACCACGUCUAAGGGCUGUAUCCAGGCACUCCUAAUACCUUUUUUUGCACUGUUGGUUAGCGCCUGUAAGUAAGCAUUUCACUGUAAGGUCUACACCUGUUGUAUUCGGCGCACGUGACAAUUAAACGUUGAUUUGAUUUGAUUACGUUGCGCAUAAGAACAGCCCUUAGCCGUGGCAUUUUGGCCAUAUACCACACCCCCUCGGGCCUUAUUGCUUAAAUAUAGGAGGAUCGUCACAUAGUUGACACAAACUUUUUUAACCCACCAAGUACCAGGCAUCCACUUUUCAACACCCAGAUUUAUUUUAAUUUAUAUACUGACAUUUCCUAUAACAUCCUCCUUACACUGUAGCCUAUUGACCUCAGUGCAAUAAUGCAAUCUGAUAGAAGCCGGAAAAAUACAAAUACAACUUCAAUUGAGCAUAGUUAUCUAACAAAUUAAAUGUCAUUUAUGUUGUUGUUAUUUGUCUAUUCUGUAUUUGUAUCACAGAUUGGUUUGCAAAUUUACUACUUAUUUAAAUGUACUAUCAGAUUAUGAAUUAAUCUGCACACAUUAUCUCAAAACCAUUUCAUAUGAAUGUACUGUUGGAGCCAAAUAAAUGCAGUCUUUCAAAUAA